AUGAGGAGGGAGAACCAGAGCAGCGUGUCCGAGUUCCUCCUCCUGGGGCUCCCCAUCCGGCCAGAGCAGCAGGGCGUGUUCUUUGCCCUGUUCCUGGGCGUGUACCUGACCACGGUGCUGGAGAACCUGCUAAUCUUCCUGCUCAUCAGCCUGGACUCUCGCCUCCACACCCCCAUGUACUUCUUCCUCAGCCACUUGACCCUCACUGACGUCUCUUUUUCAUCUGUCAAGAGCAUGCAAACCCAGGAUCAAUCCAUACCCUAUGCAGGGUGCAUAGCACAGAUGUAUUUUUUUUUUACUGAUCUGGAGGAUUUCCUGCUCACCUCAAUGACCUAUGAUCAGUACGUGGCCAUCUGUCACCCUCUCCACUACAUCACCAUCAUGAGACAGGGACUGUGUACCUUACUGGUAACUGUAUCUUGGAUUCUCUCCUGUUCCAAUGACCUGUGUCACACACUUCUCCUGUCCCAGCUGUCCUUUUGUGCUGACAACACCAUCCCCCAUUUUUUCUGUGACCUUGCUGUCCUGCUCAAGCUCUCCUGCUCAGACACAUCCCUCAAUGAGCUAGCCGUUUUCAUGGCAGGAGUGGCUGUCAUUAUCCUCCCACUAAUAGGCAUCUUGAUCUCUUAUGGCUGCAUCGGGGCCACCAUCCUGAAGGUUCCAUCCACCAAGGGGAUUUGCAAAGUCUUGUCCACAUGUGGCUCGCAUCUCUCUGUGGUAUCUCUGUAUUAUGGAACAAUUAUUGCGCGAUAUUUUUUCCCCUCAUCCAGCACCUCCAGUGACAAGAACAUAAUUGCCUCUGCAAUGUACACAGUGGUCACACCAUUGCUGAACCAUUUCAUUCAUAGCCUAAGAAACAGGGAGAUGAAGGGGGCCCUGGAGAAACUCUUCCACAGGGCAAAAUCUUCUCUCAAUGACGUUGCUCAUCGUUAUAACAGACACAUGUAUUCACAUAACCUCAGAUCCUACACCCCAAUCUUGAAUCCAGCAUGGAAUAAGUGUCCAAUAGAUAUUUGA